UUGUACAUCUUAGCUCCCGACCUCCACCUAGCUCAUGGGACCUAGGAGGUAGUCCUGGAAGGCUACGACGGGAUGCAAUGAGUUCGCACGACAUACCCCUUUUCGGAAAUUCUUCCGUGUGAUAAUGAUAUCACUAUCUAUAACAUAUACAUCUAGAUAGUCAUUGAUUUGCUCCUCCCAAUCACUGAGAAUUCAGCAGGCAAAAUGCCUUUGACGUUUUGCCCAAACUGUAGCAAUGCUCUUACCAUCUCCCGGGCGGAUCCCACCCCUCGCUACCCGCUAGGUGUCAACCGAUUUGAAUGCCGAACCUGCCCCUACCAGUAUGUCCUCGACCGAACGUACUACGAGCGGACAGAGAUGAAGCGGAAGGAAGUUGCAGAUGUGCUAGGAGGGAAAGACGAGUGGAAGAAUGCUGAUAGCCAAGGGACGCAAUGCCCCGCCGAAGGCUGUGAUGGCGACCGUGCAUAUUUUUACCAGUUGCAGAUUCGAAGCGCGGACGAGCCAAUGACUACAUUCUUCAAGUGCACGACCUGCGGGGCCCGAUGGAGAGAAAACUAGGCCAGGACAGCUCAUCAACCCCUCUGCCUCUAUUUAUGAGUCAUCCCGAUUCCUUGUAUUAGUGUGAUGGUUUCGCCUGGUUUUGUCGCUGUUGCGACUCCAAGGCAGCUGUGUCCGCUCGUUUGAAUCAAAGUGUACUCUUAUUUAGGAAGAGGGAGUUUUUCGGAGAGGUGGUUUGAAUAUCUGCAAAGCGACAGAUUGGAGAAAUUCAUCUAGCAGGACGAGGCAUCUAAGCUGGUUUACCUUACAUUUACUUCCUUUUCCUUUCAUUCAUUUUGUUUUUAGCUUUGUUUGCAUGUGCUGCUGCUACAUAGAUACCCACUACAUCAAGAAUUCAAGAUAUGCAAGAUUUGUCCCGCAUAAAAAAACUUUAGUACUGUAGCUUGGAAUAUUGAACAGAGUACAUGACGAAGAGGCCAGGAAGCCUGUUUACUGAUCACCUACGGGAUUUCAACUCUCUGAUGGUGGGUUUGGAAAAUUGCUCUACAAUUCUUCUGAACGCCUCCGUCUCCUGUAGGAGUGAAAGUAAUUUUUUUUCUUCGUAUUGGUUUGAUAGAGAGGCCAACCAAUAAAGCCCACUUUUUAAUCAGACCAAGUGUCCGCUCUCCAAGACCAACGCCCACACCUUAUCGUGAAGGGACUCUACGAAAAGGCGGUAAUUAACCCAGCAAGGGGGGUCUUCUUGCGAUGGUAGUAGUACGUAGCAGCGAACAAAAAUUUUCUCUUUUUUUUUUUUUUUUUUUCCUU